UCUUAUAAAUUUGACCAAACCCUUAAGAUCUAAUUUUCUCUGUUUGAUUUUUCCUCCCAACAAUGGCGGCUUCAUCAUCUUCUUCCUCUGACGUCUCCUCUGACUCUUCAGACUCUCAUCGUCGCCGUAAGGAUUGCCGUCGUCACCGUAGAAACGAUCGAGACAGAGACUCGCUCAAAGUACGGAAGAAGAGCCGAUCCACCUCGAAAAAACGCCGUAGACGCCAGCACUCCUCCGAUUCCUCCGAUUCUUCUUACUCCGAUUCAUCCAGUGAGAGCUCAGAUAGUGAGCACGAGAGGUCACGAAGGCACAAGAAGCAUGAAAAGCCAAAGAAGGCUAAGGAUAAGGAACGAAGCAAGAGUCAUCGUCAUAAACGGCAUAAGAAUAGAGAUAGAAAGAAAGGGGAAGGAGAAGGAAGCAGCGGGCCUGUUAAACUAUCAAAGUUGUUGAACCGUGACAAAGAGGAUGGUGAGCGUAGAAGUGCUGUUUCAGGGAAAAAAAUUCUGCUGAAGGUUGACAAGUCCAAAGAGGACAAAGCUGCAGAGAGCAAAAGAAAUGAACUACUUAAGUUCUUAAACGCAAGUUUUGACUAGUAUUUUUCGCUUUUGUCUCCAUGACAGGAUCUCAAGAACAACAAGAAUGUAAGAUGCUAUCUGAUUAGAUUCUAGUUUGCGUAUCCGUUUGGUGAUUCGGAUGCUUGUUUUGUUUAUCCAGAGGACUAAGCCUGUCAUGGAUUUGAGUUGUUAUUAUAGCCAUUUGAACUUAUAUUUUGACUUCUAUUCUCUUGUUUGGUCUUAAAA